AUGCACCUCUACAUCGAAAUCCAAGCCACAAUCCCCUCCCGCGCCAUAACCUUCUACACCACAAUCUUCCCCUCCUGGUCCUUCCAAAAAGACGACUCCCUCCCCAUAGAAUACUACCGCGGCACCCUCUCCCAAUUCUCAUCUUCCUCAUCACCACCAGCAACAGCAAUCAACAUCCUAAAACGUCCAGUACCACAAACCCCAGAUCCAAUGCAAGGCACAAACGCAUUCGUAUGUUCCUUCCCAGUUGAAGACGAAACCGCCUUCGAUAUCUUGCAAGGCAAAGUAUUGGAACUCGGAGGAAAGAUUGCUAUGGAGAAGUUCCCUGUGCCUGGGAGGGGGUGGCAUGGGUAUUUUUUGGAUACGGAGGGGAAUACUUUUGGGGUUUUUACUACGACUUAUAGGGAAUGA